UUGCAGCCUGAGCCGGUCGCGCUCUCCGCUCCCCAGCCCCGUCUCGCCCCCCCGCGCUGCCAUUGGCGGGGCGGCGGGCGGAGCCGGGGGCGCCGCUGUCAGACGCGGCCGGGCAGCGAGGGAGGCGCGAGCGGCAGCUGCUCCGGGAGCAACAGCCGCGCCGAGCCCAGCCCAGUCCGGGAGCGGGAGCCGGAGCCGAAGCGGCGCCAUGAGCCAGAAAUGCGACGUGCUGGUGGUCGGGGCCGGCAUCUCAGGUCUGUCGGCAGCCAAGUUGCUGACUGAGUCAGGGCUGAGUGUUGUGGUGUUGGAAGCCCGUGACAGAGUUGGAGGAAGAACUUUCACUGCAAGGAAUAAGCAAGUCCAGUAUGUGGACCUUGGAGGAGCAUAUGUGGGGCCGACACAAAAUCGCAUCCUGCGGUUGUCUAAGGAGCUAGGAAUAGAGACGUAUAAAGUGAAUGAAGUAGAACAUCUUAUUCACCAUGUCAAGGGUAAAAGUUAUCCCUUUAAGGGUGCAUUUCCUACUAUGUGGAACCCUUUUGUCAUCUUAGAUUUCAACAAUCUGUGGAGGACGAUGGAUGAAAUGGGAAAGGAGAUUCCUAAUGAAGCCCCAUGGAAGGCACCACAUGCAGAAGAAUGGGACAAAAUGUCUAUGCAAGAUUUCAUCGACAAAGUUUGUUGGACAAAUGCUAGUAAGAGGUUUGCAACACUGUUUGUGAAUGUGGAUGUCACCUCUGAGCCUCACGAGGUCUCUGCUCUCUGGUUCCUGUGGUACGUGAAGCAGUGCGGGGGGACAGGCAGGAUAUUCUCCACCACCAACGGUGGGCAGGAGAGGAAGUUUGUUGGAGGUUCUGGUCAGAUUAGUGAGAAGUUAAUGGAAUGCUUGGGAGGCCGAGUGAAGCUAGAGAAACCUGUAGUCCGCAUUGAUCAGUCAGGUGAAAAUGUCAUUGUGGAGACCUUAGACCAUGAAUCAUACGAGGCCAAGUAUGUUAUUAGUGCCAUUCCACCAGUUCUUGAUUUGAAGAUUCAUUUCAACCCACCAUUACCACCAAUGAGAAACCAGCUGAUCAGCCGGGUUCCCAUGGGCUCAGUCAUCAAGUGCAUGAUAUACUACAAAGAACCUUUCUGGAGGAAAAAGGACUACUGUGGUACCAUGCUCAUUGAAGAUGAGGAAGCUGUGAUUGGAAUGACACUUGAUGAUACCAAACCCAAUUGCAGUGUUCCUGCCAUAAUGGGUUUUAUUCUCGCUCGAAAGUGUAGAAGACUGACACAUCUCACAAAGGAAGAAAGGAAGAAGAGGAUCUGCGAGCUCUAUGCAAAGGUUUUGGGAUCAGAGGAAGCCUUACACCCAGUGCAUUAUGAAGAGAAGAACUGGUGUGAGGAGCAGUAUUCUGGCGGGUGCUACACAGCUUACUUCCCACCAGGGAUAAUGACACAGUUCGGAAGGAUCAUUCGCCAGCCAGUUGGUAGGAUCUACUUUGCUGGCACAGAGACAGCUACAGAAUGGAGCGGGUACAUGGAGGGGGCUGUGCAGGCUGGAGAGAGAGCAGCUAGAGAGAUACUGUGUUCUAUGGGGAAAAUCUCAGAAGGUGAAAUUUGGAAGUCAGAACCAGAAUCAGUUGAUGUCCCAGCCCGGCCAAUCACUACCACCUUUUGGGAGAGAAACUUGCCGUCUGUACCAGGACUGCUGAGGCUGGUUGGAUUUUCCACUUUCUUCACUUCCGUGGCUGCUGUUGGGCUGUUUGCCUACAAAAAGGGGCUGCUGGUUCGAAACUGAGAAAGGUCUGCAAAUGAAAAUGCCAAAAUACCAUGAGAAAGCUGUUCUGAUGAUAUUUUCAGCUUUUUGUACACUUGUAUCUGACCCAACCUGAACUCUGAACAUUUAAAGGCACGCCCGGCCCUACUUAUAAGUGGAAUAUUGCCACACUCAACUUCUGGAGAUCUAAAAGACUUCAGUUGUAGCUUAAAAUAACUUUUGAAUAAAUGCAAAUGGCAGGUGAGGAUCUUUUGAUGUAUUUUUUCCCAAAAUGCCUCGAGCCCAAACAGCACUUACAAAAAAAUGUGCGGCUAAAUUUAGAGAGUUUGUUCCAAACUGUGCAAGUGCUCAUGAGUUUGGCAAGAGUAUAAUUCCUCACAUGACAUUUCCAAUCGCAUGUUAUGGACUAUGGACCCAGUGGCACAAAAGAGGCUAUAAAGCUGGCUUAAGUGGCCUCCUGAGGAUUCCCCCUGGCUAGCGUCUCUGCAGCACCCUUAUCCCAGCUGGGUUCCACCAGGCUGCUAUGGGUAGUGCCAGGGAUCAAAUUAACCCUCCUGCUGACCCCAGGGAGCCGUGAAGUAACUUUUACAGCACUUACUUUUCUGCACCCUUGUCUAAGCUUUCUGGGGUAGGGGCUCUCUCUCACCUUGUGCUUGUAGGGUACAGUGGGCCCUAGGUCUCAGCUGGAGCCUACAGGCACUACCAUAAUAAGUAAUAACUUUGUCCAGUGUUGAAAACAGCUUAUCUGAGCCAGAGAAUCUGAGCUAAUGUCUACACAUUUUCCCAACAAUUAGUCCUUGAAAUAUAAAUGGAAAUCUCUAAAUAACAUUUCAAUUUGUAUUCCUUGGAAUUGAUGUUGUGUUGAGGAAUGCACCUGGAAUUGCGAGGGUGAUUUCCCUUAUGUUCUUCUGCUCUACAAAAAUAAAAAAAAGCCCCUGCUCAGCUUUGCUUCUUGAUUCAUAUCACUCUAAAUUGGACUCUUUUAUAUGCACAAUUAAUAGAGUUAUCUCCAACAGACCUAUAGUCAUCCAAGAUGUGACCUGCCUCUCAGUCCUCUGUAUUUCACUUAGGAGGAAAGGUUAUUGUGGUUCUGCUCUUUUGAAUAUAAUCUCCAGAAGAAGGGGAUCUUACUACUUUCCCUUAGCACCAUCAGGUUUCGUUAUUUUUUGUAACAAAGCAAGACAAGGCAAGAGAAGAGCUUGAAAAUCCUUCCAGAUCACUAUAAAGCUCUGUGUUAGUGAAAAGUAUCCAACCCUUGUAGGUACCAAAGGCCCAGGACAAUGGAGUUCAGUGUGAGUGACAGCAGCAUGGUUUCCAGGGCGGUAGAAUCAUCUUCCUGCCCCUCACUUCUUUUCUGGACUGUAAUUGCUUCCGAGGAGAAGUAGUUUCUACUUCCUGAGAGUGAGAGCAGCCGAACUGUGUUUGUUAGUCAGCCAUUCUUUGACAAGAUCUUGUCUUAAGCUUUCGGGCCUGAGUUUCAGCCUGCUAGCAAAAUGGAGUACAAUUUUUUUCUACCACAUCUCUAGUCAGAUCUAGUUUUCACCUUUUGUGUACCUUUGAAAACUAUAUUAUUAAGAAAUGUACAAUCCUGCAGUGGGAGUUUUGGAAGUCCUAGGAGCAAAUUCUCUGCUGGUGUAAACGGACACAGCACUACUGACAUAAGUGAAACACUGAGAUACCAACAUUACAAUAUUUUCAAUUGUCCUUUUCUAUUCAACCUUCAGUCAAAGACUUUCUGGCAUUACACUAGUUAAUAUGAAGCUAUUAUUCCAUGCUACACUGAAUGCCAUUCUAACUAUGCUCCAUAAAGUCUUCUCUUGGUGACAUUUCACACUGCUUGGCUCGCAGUUUUAUGAGGAGAAGGUGUGAAUGAUUAAGCACAAGAUCGUUGCUUGCCCUAUAUGCUUGCACAAAGGAAUGAGGGGGCAUCAAAUGUCUUGCACAGGCUAUCGGCGUUGCAGCUCUCAGUGCAGAAAGGAGAGCGGCCUCUGAGGAGUCACUACUCAGCCUCCCGCUCAGGUGUGCAGAAUGGGGAUGGGAAAGGUGGAGCCUUGACUAAGCCCCACAGCAAACCAGUCAGCAUAGCUGAGGCAACAUGAAGAGAGGGAAGUAAUCUCUGUGUGGUUAAAGACUGGGGCAGAUUACUUCCCACUGGAGUAAGAGAGGAGCAGGAGACUGAAUUGUGACUUUCAACGUCUGCCCCUGGGGCAGUGCAGCUUGUGCAUGGUAGACUGCUAAGCAACAACCUAGUCCUGGGCUAUCACCUCCAGAUCCAUAUGUCUGGUGAGAGACUUCAUGAUCUAGCUAGUCAAGAUUUUGUAGGAUCUUUAAAACAACCCCCCUGGAAUCAAGAUUAGGAGGACAGCUCAUCAGCAGGGUGUUAACUGUAAAAGGGUCAAUUGCUAAGCUAUGCAAAAUGCAAUAAGCUCUUCCACAUCAGUAGAAAUGCAGUACAAGUCCAACGGAUGUUCCCAAGAUCUUAGUAACUAUUCAGGGGGUUGAAUCACAAAGAGAUCAAGUGGAGCCCUUAAGGUUAAGCAUGUACCGGUGCUUCUGUCCUCCCUGAUUUGGGGCCUUUGAAACAAUGUACACAAGAAUGAAAAAAAAUUGCUGUCUGCUAUACGCAGAGUGUCACAGUUCGGGUCAACUGCACCUCUGUUUCCUCUUAUUGGGUCAGCAAGUGUACCCACUCUUAGGCUUCCUUUCCCCUAGCCAUUGCCUUUCUUGGGUGGAUAGCUGUGUCUCUCUCCCUCCUGAUGGGGGUAUUUCCAGGUUGAACAGUUCCCUGCCUUCACUGUGAUAUUCCCAGCAAACAGCAGUCUGCCCAGACAGGCCUGCUUGCUUUCUCUUCAGAGACUAGUAAUACAGUGGUUGCCAACAGCUAGAAGUUACUACACAGCACAUCCUAUGCAAGCCUCUUUUACUCUUAAGGUAAAAGCACUUCAGAAAAAACACAUUAAAACAAUACAAAUCUCCAUGCAUACUAUAUGAUCUUACCAGAGAUCCCCUCCUCCAAUUCUCUCCAGCAUGAUUUCUAGCAAGUGAGUCCUUUACACCCCUCAAAUGAGUCUUUUUUUUGGGCACAAGUUCACAACAGCCUCAGCUCAGAACUAGCACACUCAUGUGGUUGGAGGUCUUUGGAUUGGAGUUUUUUAGAAGCAGGUAAUCAGUAUACAAUUUGUUUCUCUCCCCAGGGCAUAGUUUCAAAAGGAUGGAUUUGAGGUGGGUCCUUGCAUUCUCCUCACCCCCCAGGUAUUUCCUAGGAAAUCCAUUUAACAUGUAUUGUCCCCGAAAUCCUUUGAAGUUCCUGAUCUAGCUAAAG